AUGGCGCCCAAUCCGCCGGACGGCAGCGCUGCAAAGGCAGACCGCGACAACUCGUCGCUGCUGCUCCCGACCGCAUACGACGACGACGCCUCCUCGAUCAACAGCCGAGACCAGGACACCGACAGCGAGGACGAUGCGCUGCAGCAGCGGGCGAGGAACAGCCGCGAGCUGCGGGCGCACGACCGCAUCGUGCUGAUGGAGGAAGAGGAGCUGGACCAGCUGGUGACGAACUCGCGCCGCAAGCAGGAGCUGGUGCGGCGCGGCUCUGCGCUGGCCCUGCCGCUGCCGAAUCCCUUCCGGGGUCUGGCGCGCAAGCCGAGCCUGGGCAGCAUGUCGACGGCCGGCAGCUCCAACGAGAACGUGGCGGGGGGGUCCGAGAAGGGGUCGUCGGCGCGGGCGAGGCGAGACACGAAGCGCGAGAGGCUGCUGGAGGAGGCGCAGCACGGCGAGGACGGCGGGCUGAUGUACGAGAUGGAGGAGGGCGGCAUGAAGGAGGGCAGCUCGACGGGCGAGAGUAGCGAGAGCGACGAGUACGACCGCCGGGCGCUCAACGCGCUUGCGCACGCAAAGAGCCAGCGCGGGCGGAGCUGGCGGCGGUGGCUGUUCAUCCACUCGCUCAUCUUCAUUGGCUUCGCCAUCCUCGUGCUGGCCGCCUGGAAGCUGUCCAAGGCCCGCAGGUCGUCGUCGUCGUCGUCGGGCUCCAAGGUGCAUCUGACGAGCAACGGCACCGCCCUGUUUGCGCCGACGACCAUCAUCAUCAGCCUCGACGGCUUCCGGGCCGAUUUCCUGCAGCGCGGACUUACCCCACGCCUCAAUGCCUUUGUCAGGGAGGGCGUCUCGCCCAAGUGGAUGCAUCCGUCGUUUCCCUCGGUCACCUUUCCGAACCACUACACGCUGGCCACCGGCCUGUACCCCGAGGCUCACGGCAUCGUGGGCAACACGUUUUGGGAUCCGGAGCUCGAGGCCGAGUUCCACUACACGGAUCCCGCGCGGAGCUUGGACCCCAAGUGGUGGGGUGGGGAGCCGUUCUGGGUGACGGCCGAGAAGCAGGGCGUGCCGAGUGCGAUUCACAUGUGGCCGGGCAGCGAAGCACAUAUCCUGCACCUGGAGCCCGAAUACGUGGACAAGUUCAAUGGCAAUGAGGCGCUCGACAACAAGGUCUCGAGGAUCCUUGGAUGGCUGGACCUGCCCGGCCGGGAGAGCGGGUCUGCAGCAGGAACCAAGGGCAUGCGACCCCAGCUCAUUGCUGCCUACGUGCCCAACGUGGACAGCGACGGCCACAAGUACGGGCCCAACAGCACGGAGAUCCGAUCUACUAUCCAAGAGGUGGAUGCUAUGAUGGACAAGAUCUUCAAGGGGCUCGACGCGCGGAACCUGACGCACAUUGUCAACGUCAUUGUCGUGUCGGACCAUGGCAUGGCCACCACGGACACGACUCGCCUGCUGCAGCUAGAAGACCUCGUCGACACGUCCAAGAUUGAGCACAUUGACGGCUGGCCGCUAUACGGGCUUCGACCAAAGACCCCCGACGACCUACAGGGCAUGUACGAAGGGCUGGUGGAAAAGGCCAAGUCCAACCCCAACUUUGACGUCUACCUCCGCGACGUCAACAUGCCGGAGCGCUAUCACUUUACAAACAACGACCGCAUUGCGCCGCUGUGGAUCGUGCCCAAGACGGGGUGGGCGAUUGUCACCAAGGACCAGUUCGAUGCUGAGGAUGGAAAGGCGAAUGGCCUUGUGUAUCAUCCCCGCGGGCUGCAUGGGUAUGACCAUGAGCAUCCGCUGAUGAGGGCCAUCUUCAUCGCGAGGGGACCUGCGUUUCCGCAUCCUGCGAAUAGCCAGGUCGAUGUCUUCCAAAACAUCGAGGUCUACAACUUGUUGUGUGACUCUCUGGGUGUGAGGCCCAAGCCGAACAACGGAACGCUGCGGCUGCCGUUGAAGACCGUUGGGACGCAUGACGAUGAAGAAGAGCCUAAAAUACCUGAAGAUCCGGUGACGUCUUAUUCAGUCACUCUGACUCCUUCGCAGUCUGUGAAGACGCAGACCAUUCCCCGUCCGUCGGUUCCCCCAAAGCCAACCACCACUUCCACUUCCACUUCCACUUCCUUAUCAAAAACGCCAUCUACUACAUCGACUACAUCGUCAUCUCCAUCAAAGCCGCACACUACUUCAAGUGCGGUAGCAGCGACACCGACACAUGACAGCGCCGAGGGCGACGACUCCUCUGGCUCGUUGAAGGACACGGUGACUGGUAUAUGGGACUGGGCGACGAACGAGCUCGACAAAGUCUGGCAUAAAAUUACGAAUGGUUCGUCUUGA